AUGGCCGGCCCCAACCCCACCACCGCCAUCUCGGCGCCGGGCAAGGUCCUCUUCACCGGCGGCUACCUCGUCCUCGACCGCGCCUACACCGGCCUCGUCUACGGCCUGAGCGCCCGCAUCAACGUCAUCGCCCAGGAGAUCACCACCAGCCCCGGCGUCCAGCUCACCGAGAUCGUCGUCGAGAGCCCCCAGUUCCUCGAGGCCCAGUGGCGGUACGGGUACCACCUUGCUGACGAGGACGGGGGCAUCUCGGUCACACAGCUCCAGAUCGGCUCGACCUUCUCGCCCAACCCCUUCGUCGAGACGGCCCUCGCCUACGCCCUGACCUACAUCUCCCGCACCUCCCACCAGCACCCGGCCCACAGCAUCAAGUCGGCCCGCCUCGCCAUCCUCGCCGACAACGACUACUACUCCCAGUCCUCCGGCUCGUCCUCCACCUCUUCCUCGUCCUCCACCGUCACCGGUGGCGGCGCUGGCAGCACCACCGGCAGCGGCCGCUUCGCCCGCUUCCCCACCACCCUCCGCAAGGCCAACAAGACCGGCCUCGGCUCCUCGGCCGCGCUGGUCACCUCCCUCACGGCCGCUCUGCUGGCGCACUACCUCGCGCCGAGCCAGUUCGACCUCUCCACGCCGGCAGGCAAAGCCACGCUGCACAACCUCGCGCAGGCCGCGCACUGCGCCGCCCAGGGCAAGGUGGGGUCGGGCUUCGACGUCGCGGCCGCCGUCUACGGCUCCUUCAAGUACCGCCGCUUCUCCCCUUCCAUCCUGUCGGGCCUGCCCGAGCCCGGAGCGCCGGGGUUCGCCUCGGCGCUGGUCGGCGUCGUCGACGGCAAGUCGGUGACCUGGGACACCGAGACGGCGACCGCGGGCGUGGGCCUGCCGGCCGGCGUGGCGCUACGCAUGUGCGACGUGACGUGCGGCUCCGAGACGCCGGGCAUGGUGAAGCAGGUGCUCGCGUGGCGGGCGCGCGAGGGCGCCGCCGCCACGGCGCUGUGGGACGAGCUGCAGGCGCGCAACGAGGAGCUCGCGGCCGUGCUGCGCGGCGACGGGGGCAACGGGACCGGAGACAUCCGCGGGGCGCUGGACGCGGUGCGCGCGCUGACCCGCCGCAUGGGCGAGGCCAGCGGCGUGCCCAUCGAGCCGCCCUCGCAGACGGAGUUGCUCGACGCGCUGGCCGACCGGGUUGAGGGCGUGUACGGCGGCGUCGUCCCCGGAGCGGGCGGGUUUGAUGCUUUGGCGCUGCUGGUCCGGGACGACGAGGAGACGGCUGCGAGGCUCAAGGCGUUCCUCGAGGGGUGGAGCAAGGAGAAAGGGGCCAGGGUCAAGUUGCUCGAGGUGCGUGGCCAGCUGGAGGGGGCGAGGAGGGAGGAGUUGGGGAUAUACGAGGGGUGGCUGCGGUGA